AUGAAGCUCACCAUCUUCUUCCCUCUGGCUGCUUUCCUGACAUGGACUGUCGCUGAUUGUCUGGAGGAACCCAGUGACUGCCUUACUCAAUGUCUCAACGACGCCGCCGAAGUGGCAGGCUGUAACUCCUCUGAUUACGCGUGCACUUGCCCAAGCACAGAGUUCAAGGACACGCUCGGUACCUGCAUGACGGCAAAUUGUACCCCGGAAGACAUAACAGCUGCCGGAAAAUUGCACGAGGAACGCUGUGGGUCGGCACCUGAAUAA